UUGGUGCGACGAUUGCUUUCCAACUGCAACCAUCACUAAUGAUGUAUUUUAUUUUGACGUAACAUUGCAAGUUGUUAGGUUAUUUCUAUUAGUCGGUUUCUAUAUCAAUUUCGGAUUCAUUACUAAUAAUCAGGAUGAUACGGUUAUUUAAUACUGUUGUUGAGCUAUACUGUCCUCGAUGGUCGUAUAUUAAAGAAGCUUGUAAGUUUCACACUGCCCUUACUAUGAGAAAAGUUGAAGACAGAAAAGGAAUGAUGGCUUCCCUACCUGAUAAAGAUGAAGGAACAUCGGGAGAAAAGUCUAUUGAUAUAGAUACGCUUAUUCAAAAGAAAGAAAAAUUCUUCCCAGGUGUCAAAACAUAUCACCAACUAUAUAAUGGGAUUCCAUUUGCUGAAUUACCUAUAUGUAAUAUACGAGUAUCACCUAACAACACUGUAAUCAGCGUUACCGAUAAUAAAGGUAUACCUAGACUAAUCCGAUCUUGCGGUAUUGAAGGUUUUAAAAACACUCGAAAAGGUACAAAUAUUGCAGCUCAAGCCACUGCAAUAACUAUUAGCGAGAAAGCCAUAGAACUAGGUUGGAAGACCGUUCGUGUGAAAGUGCGUGGAUUGGGACCUGGCCGCAUGUCUGCAAUUAAAGGUUUGCAAAUGGGUGGUCUUAAUAUUGUUUCCAUUACUGAUGCAACACCUGUAUCAUGGAACCCUCCGCGUGCUCGAAAGCAAAGAAGUUUGUAAAACCAAAAUUAUGUACAUAUAUUGAAAUUUUAAUUAAUAAAAAUUACAGUUUGCUUUGC